AUGACAGCAGCAACUAAAGCCGGUUUGGAACUAGCUACUUUUGGUGCUGGUUGUUUUUGGGGUACAGAGAAAUAUUUUCGCAAGCAAUUCGGUGCUAAUUUAAAAUCAUUCGCUGCUGGUUACAUGGGUGGUGCUUCAAAAGCUACCUACAAAGAUGUUUGUACUGGUAUGACCAAUCAUGCUGAAGUAUUACAAGUAUCUUACGAGCCAAACCAAUUGGCAUAUGGUGACUUAGUUCGAUUUUUCUUUCGUAUGCAUGAUCCUACGACCUUGAAUCGACAAGGAAAUGAUCAAGGCACUCAAUAUCGUUCUGUUAUCUUCACUCAUACCAAAGAACAACAGAGAAUUGCAGAACAAAUACGUGAUGAAGUACAAGCUAGUGGUAAAAUCAAGGGAAAGAUUGUUACUCAAAUACAAUCAGCCGAUAGUCUACAGUUUUUUAUGGCCGAGCCCUAUCAUCAACGAUAUCUAGAAAAUCAUCCCGAUGGUUACUGCAAUCAUAAACUGUACUAUUAA